AUGUUUUUAGUGGGGGUAUCGGGAGCAAGAUUUCCCAAGAAAUCUGAGGGACCACUCUUGUCCCUCAAGACACAUCACUCGGUCGACUCACCAUUGACGUCAAUGCCCACGAGUCUGGUACCACCUGUCAUGGCUCACCGCCAGACCAAACCACUGAAGGAAUCCACCCUCAGUUGGUUAGAGCGUGGUGCUAAUAACGCCAAGGCCACAGGUUCGACCCCUGUAGUGGGCAAUAACGCUAUCUUCCAAUUUGUCGUUCCCAAUCUGGGUUAG